GCUCAAAAACUCAUGUGGUGUCCAGAGAGAGAGAGAGAGAGAGAGAGAGUAAUCAAAGCAAAGGAGUUCCGGACCCCCAUCAAGUAACAUUAAUCGAUUCCUUUUUGAAUACCGACGCAACGCAAAAUCAUCCAAUUUGGAGCUUGAAAGUAACAAUGGAGAGAGAGCUCCAUCAUUUGGUAUUGGUCAGAGAGGUUCAAAGACCAUCACCGCCUUCACUGAUUUCAUGCUAAAGGCUUCUCUGGGGUCUAGUGCUAGGUUGAACCCAGACGAUCCUUGUUUGUUGAUUUAGGAAGGCACAACUUCGGAGUUAUGAUUCUAUCAGCACUUUUAACUUCAGUGGGGAUCAAUCUUGGCCUCUGCUUCCUGUUUUUCACUUUGUACUCAAUACUGAGAAAGCAGCCUGGUAAUGUCACCGUCUACGGUCCACGGCUUAUUCAAGCUGGCAAAUCUCAGCAGACUAAUGCCUUUAACCUCGAGAGGCUUUUGCCUACUGCUGGUUGGGUCAAAAGAGCUUUGGACCCCACCAAUGAACAAAUCCUCUCCAAUCUUGGCUUAGAUGCUUUGGUCUUCACUCGUGUCUUUGUUUUCAGUAUACGAGUGUUUAGCUUUGCUUCUGUGGUUGGGAUCUUCAUCCUUCUUCCAGUUAACUAUAUGGGUACCGAGUUUGAAGAGUUUUUCGACCUUCCAAAUAAGUCUCUUGAUUCCUUCAGCAUCUCUAACGUCAACGAUGGAUCAAACAAGUUGUGGAUUCACUUUUGCGCAAUUUACAUCUUCUCAGCGGUUGUUUGCUAUCUGCUCUACUGUGAACACAAGUACAUUACAUCAAAGCGGAUUGCUCAUCUUUAUUCAUCCAAGCCUCAGCCACAAGAGUUUACGGUUCUGGUCAGUGGCGUCCCUCUUGUGUCUGGAAACAGUAUCAGUGAAACAGUGGAAAGCUUUUUCAGGGAGUACCAUUCUUCCACAUAUCUUUCUCACGUUGUUGUUCAUCGGACUGACAAGUUAAAGGUUCUCAUGAAUGAUGCUGAGAAGCUAUACAAGAAACUCACUCGAGUGAAAUCAGGAAACAUAUCUCGUCAGAGGUCUAAGCGGGAUGGGUUCUUAGGGAUGUUUGGGAAGAGAGUUGAUGUGGUUGAUCAUUACGAAAAGAAGCUCGAGAAGUUAGAAGACGACAUGAGGUUGAAACAAUCUUUAUUAUCCGGAGAGGAAAUUCCAGCCGCUUUCGUUUCCUUCAGGACAAGACACGGUGCCGCAAUAGCAUCAAACAUUCAGCAAGGAAUGGAUCCAACACAGUGGCUAACUGAGACAGCCCCGGAGCCUCAAGAUGUUCAUUGGCCAUUUUUCACCGCAUCGUUUGUGAGAAGAUGGAUCUCCAACGUGGUUGUAUUCGUGGCCUUCGUUGCUCUGAUCAUCCUAUACAUUGUCCCUGUUGUAUUGGUUCAAGGUCUUGCUAAUCUUCACCAGUUAGAAACAUGGUUCCCUUUCCUAAAAAGCAUACUAAAUAUGAAAAUUGUGAGUCAAGUGAUUACGGGAUACCUUCCGAGUCUAAUUUUCCAGCUUUUCCUAAUGAUAGUACCACCUGUUAUGCUUCUACUUUCCUCAAUGCAAGGAUUCAUUUCUCAUAGCCAGAUUGAGAAAUCUGCAUGUAUCAAGCUUCUGGUCUUUACCGUGUGGAACAGUUUCUUUGCAAAUGUACUGUCCGGAUCUGCUCUUUAUCGUGUCAAUGUGUUCCUUGAACCUAAGAAUAUUCCCCGUGUGCUUGCUGCAGCUGUCCCAGCACAGGCAUCCUUCUUUAUAUCUUAUGUCGUGACCACUGGGUGGACUGGUUUAUCAUCAGAGAUCUUCCGUUUGGUUCCUCUUCUCUGGAGUUUUAUGACGAAACUCUUCGGUAAGGAAGAUGACAAAGAAUUUGAGGUCCCUCCCACUCCCUUUUGCCAAGAAAUCCCGAGGAUUCUCUUUUUUGGACUUCUUGGUACAACUUACUUCUUCCUCUCGCCAUUGAUACUGCCUUUCUUGUUGGUCUACUUUUGUCUUGGAUAUGUCAUCUACCGCAACCAGCUCCUAAACGUAUAUGAGGCCAAGUAUGAGACUGGUGGAAAGUUUUGGCCAAUAGUACACAGCUCCACUAUCUUCUCUUUGGUGCUAAUGCACAUUAUUGCAGUCGGAUUAUUCGGUCUUAAAAAGCUUCCAUUGGCAUCUUCUUUAACGAUUCCCCUCCCGGUUCUCACCCUCCUUUUCAGCAUCUACUGCCAGAGACGAUUCUUGCCCAUUUUCAAAUCUUAUCCUACCGAGUGUCUGGUAAACAAAGACAAAGCAGACGAGAGAGAAGAGAACAUGUCUGAAUUCUAUUCUGAACUCGUGGUUGCAUACCGUGAUCCUGCGCUAUCGGCAUCACGGGACAUGUCACCUGAAGAUCCUCCGCUUCUACGUUCAUAUCAAUCCUGAGAAGCAAAACAAAAACAUUCUUAGACUAGUCUUUAUUUUUUUGCUUGAGCUUUUGAAGUUUGCUUAUGUUGUUAAAACAGUGUUGGUUACUAUGGCCGGUUUGAGCUCUAAACGGGGUCGCUUGUGGCAUGGCUCUUAACCGAUAAACAAACCAGUUUAUUUUGUUUAGUGUUUACAGUUGUAAAGAAAGAAAGAGAUUUUAGUGACACUAAUCACUAGUCACUCCAAAUAUGUUAAGACGGUAACGGAUACCAUUUGGAAAUUGCUAAACACGUAAACAUCUCUUGCCUUCUUAAAAUAAAGUAAAUUAUUGGAUAAUUAAUUUAGAAACUAACGAUUAAUCAUCACUACAAGUGUCAGUUAAACUCUUUUUUGGGGGGACAAAACACCUGGUGUGCGUUUAAACCGAGAAUAAUCUGCAAAAAGAAAAGAUGACUCCUUGCCACGUCCGUAGGGGUAUUCAUUGUAAUUAAGCUUGACCUGGAGGGUAAUUUAGUUUACGAUUAAUCCGUUUAUGGAAACCGAAAAAAGAAAAUUAAAUAUAUUGUUGUCUAUAGAGGCUAACAAGGAAAGAGAAGAGCGAGAGAGAAAGAGGAGAGGGAAUCUCUCAAAUUCUGGGUUUAAGCUCAUGUGUUGAUCUUCAUUCAGUUUCGAAUCUCAAUUUGUCCUCCUUUAUCUAAGCUCAGGAAUUAGGGCUUUUUUUUUGUUUCAUUGCUGCAUUUUGGGCUUCUCUUAUAGUUUUG